AUGGAAAAUAACUAAGAACCAGAACCUCCAAGUCAUUUCUAAAUUUGGUAGUCUAUUUUUUCUAUUUAUAAUAGGCUAACAUUUAUUGAAAUGGUAGCUGUGUUAGUUUGCCUUGCUAAUAACAUGGACAAAUUACAUAGUAUGAAAAAUAAGAAUCUGAAAUUUUGGUUUCUGGUGAGUAUGAAUGCAUCGAGUGCAUUCAGGGGUAUAAGUCUCCUUCUAAUAAUGGAAUAGCCAUAAGGCAUAUGGUUAGACUUUCUAUACACAGCACCAAUCCUAUUUUGGAUCCAAUCUUAUAUCAUAUUCAUUGGACAUCUAGCCAUUUGCAUAAGUGUACUAGCUAAUAAGGAUACUAAUAUCAUUCAGUACUCCAUAUACUAUAGCCCUGUUUGUCUAGGUAAGUUGUUUAUAGACCCUUAGUCUUAUCUUAUGUUUACUUUUUACUUAAGGAUGGAUUCUUGGAAAGAGUGUUAAUUCUGUAAUUUUUACUCUAUGCCGCACUUAUUAUUGGAUGUUUAUACUUUAGCAAUAAGUUAUUUUCUGAUGUACUAAAACUUAACUAUAGCAGCUAGAAGAUGAUGAUUGGAUCGUACCUUUCCUUACAUAAGUCAAUAAAUUGAUCUAAACUAUAUCAAUAAGUUUGGCACUUAGAUUACUUAUUUUUUUUCUAAUCUUUGCAAAUUAUGUUUAAUUGAACAUAGAUUUAAUUCUUAUAGUAUUUUUCCUAAUUCAAUUAAAAUUUAGGAAGUAUUUAUUGGAGAAUUAGUUCCAUAUUAUGCUUUGACAUUUUUCAAAAUACCUCCUCCUCGGCAUGACAAUGAUUCCAGAGCAGGAACCUAGUUGGAAUUACAAAAUUUAGAAGGGCCACUAUUGAAAUGA